GGAAGUUGUAAAAAAAAGAAAAAAAAAAACCCCACUACCUCCACACCUUCCUCCAGCUGCCACUGCUUUCUGUUACGGGUAAAACAAAACCAUGGACCCCGAGUAUUUCAAAUCCCACAAGAUGUGUUGGGGUACCCUUGGAACGGUGCGACCUUUCUCCAAUUUCCAUCCUCAAAGGGAUGUUUUGGAGAUCCAAGCGGCGCUGGAGAAGAAAGAUGCGGUGACCCUGGUGAGGAUCCUAACCAAUCGGAGCAACGCUCAGAGACAAGUGAUCGCCACUACAUUUGAAGAGAUAACAAACAAGGACCUGGUAGCUGGUUUGAAGAAAGCUCUGUCUGGAGAUCUGGAGGUUCUCCUGCUGGACCUGCUGAUGCCCUCUCUACACUAUGAGGCUCAGCGCCUGCACCAGGCCAUGGUGGGUUUAGGCACGGAUGAGGAAACACUCAUGGAGAUCCUGUGUACACGAUCUGGAAAGCAGCUUCAAGAAAUCAGUGCGACAUACAAACACCUGUACAAAAAGGACCUGGAGAAGGAAAUGAAAGGGGAAACCAGUGGAGACUUUGCUAAGCUUGUUGUGGCUUUGCUGAAUAAAGAAAAUGUUGCUGGUGUGGUUCAAAGUGAUAUUGAGUCUCUCUCCGCGUCACUAAAUGGGAAAAAAGCGGAUGCAGAACCAUGGAUCGACAUAUUGACCUCUAGAGACUCAGACCAUCUUGACAAAGUGCUGAUGGGACUUGAGCUGGAGAGUGGACAGAUGGUGGAUGAGGCUGUGGAGAAACGAUUCACAGGAGACAUUCGACUGGGUUUGAAAGUUUUAGUGGAGUGCAUUCAAAGCCCUGAUGUCUACCUCGCUAAAAGACUAAGUACCAUGAAGACAUCGAUAGUGCAGGGGAUCAUGGUGUCUCACUCUGAGGAAGAUCUGCUGUGUAUCCGAGCUGCCUACCUUAAAUUAACAGGCACUUCUCUCUACACUGCGCUACAGAAACAGUUCAAAGGAGAUCAUCUACAGGCUCUGCUGGCCAUCUGUCGAUCCGAAGAUUAAACAAAAGCUACAAAUUUUGAGUAGCUCCAUUUAUAUAUAGUAACCCCCUCCAACAUACA